GUCUGAUCAACUUCAACGCCGUCUUUUCUACAUUCGAUUUCUAAGGAAGGCGGAGGAGACUCGCGGACGAUCAGUCCCACGGUUGAGAUUGAGCUUCCUCUACAAAGUACAAAUCCAUAGCAUGAGUAAGUGAUUAAUGUUCUUAUGAGGCUUGCUGACUGUUGAAGUGUACAAAACUUUAGAAUCGAAAAAGUAGUCUCUGUGUAGGUAGUAGCCAUCAUGCGAUUAUUUUAAAAAAUUUGUAGUUGUACAUCAAACCCGUCAACGCCAUUAUCCCGUCUUCAUUCUUGAGUAAUAUAAAAUUCUUCUUGGUAUUUCUUAACGUCGUCGAUGUCAUUUCUGUCCACCAUUUACUCCUCGUGUUGAUCGCUGAUUGAUAUAAAAAUAUCAUAGAACAAGAAUCCAGAACUACAAGAAAGUCGGACGGCCCGCAAAGACUGACACGAAUCAGCUAUUCACUUUUUCUCGCCGAGGAAAGGACCCACGGAGUUGCCCGUUCGCGCAGUGAUGAAAACCCAGCCAGCCUCGUUUGAAGGUCUCGUCGGUCGAGAAUUCGCUCGAGUUUUGCCGUAGAUGCGCGACAGACCCGAGGGUAAAGGACGCGGCUGACGGACGCACACUUAGGACGCUGCAAGUGUAACGUGAGAAACUUCUUAAGUACAACAAGCAUCAAACUGCAUCAGCAUCUUCGAACUUCUCAUAAUUGUCCUUGUUGGAUGCCAGCCCAAGCCAUUGGUUGGACGCAAAUCUUCAGGAAGCAACACAGAUGUUCUUGUACCAGUACCACUUCGACGACGGAAUAGUCUUCAAGAACUAAAACAAACAGAAGCAGAACUAGAGCAAGCAGUUACAGCAUUGACUACUACCAAGCAGAGGAAACGAAAGAUCGUGAGUACUGGACUACACCUCUUCUUCAUCCAGCAGAUCCCGUGAAAGCGUAGUACCAUCAGUGAGUUAGUAAUGCAGUACUACCACGGCUUCUACUAAAAGCGAGAACUACGAUUUACGAGUAAUUUCUUGGACCUCCACGUUGACGUUCUUCGAAAGUCCAGCAGGGUAUCGGAUCUACGAUAAAUCAAGAGGAAAUACGAUUACGACUCCCUGCUCUUCUAAAGCCUUCUACUUACUCUUACAACUACACUUGUAUUUAUAUAUUAUAAUCUACUUCGCCGCGACUACUAGUACCUCUGGAUCCGAAAAACGUCGAUUCACAACCACGAAGAGCAUCGAUUGGAGACAUUUUGCGAUACCUCCAGAGGUUAAGCGCUUUUCCAACCAUUGAUUGGAGGCCAUUUGUCGGGAACGCGCUUGCGAAACGACAAUUCUAGUUCUCAUUUUCAGUGGACAUCACAUUCACAAGUUCGUGUCCUCCUCUUUGGAGGACUACCGCUUAGAACACCUCCCAUACGUGUUACGACGACUGCUUUUGCUAGUACGUCAACAACCCCUGCUUUUUAUGACCUACAACUAGAAGCACGAAGAGGAAGACGAAUGCCAUAGAGCGGCCUUCUUACAACGUACUUCUAGAAGCACGUACGACGUGCGUCGCAGUAACCAUCUCGGACUAAUUCGUGUGGUUAUACGUAUACCGGACGAUAUAUGUCAAGAUGCCAAUCGCUACGCCACAGACGGAGCUGACGCGGGAGGAGGUAGCCCAAACCCUCGAAGCCAAAUACGCUCACAUUCGGAAUGUAUUGGGCGGACAGCUCGAGCCGUGCACAUCCCAUGUUAGGGCUACACGUUCUUAAGCUUCCUUGUUUUCGUAUCAACGUGCUGACUGCCCGUUCUUAUCCUUGUCUUCAUGAUAUCAGCAUACAAAAGCUUGUUGUAUAUUUUUCUUUUUAUUUGUUGUCGAACGAUCAUGUUUAUGUCAUCCUAACGCGUACUAGACUUAAGCGCCUGGCAGCACUCACCCCACUAGAAUCCUCCGCCCUCUACACGCACCGCCCCCGCCAUUGCGUGGCCCCGCUUGCCUGGCCCCUUCCCUAAGCGACAACUGUUCGGCGGGGUUGUUCGCUAGAACAGCACAGGCGCCGGGCUCUAGGUGGCCUGCGGCUAUUGGAAAGGCAUGCCCGGAAAUGGUAGGCCCGGGAGCUUGCUGGUCUUCUGUUAGGUUUGGCAUCUUUGAAGCUGCAAGGCAGUGACUGCCUUCCUUCUGGUUUAUUUAAAGUUUAGGCGCCGUCGAUAAAGUCAGAAACUUUGCCACUUUCGUGCGUUCAGAUUUAGCGCACCGCCUUAAAAUUCUUCAACGUUCUAAAGCUUUGGGCUUUAUCGUCAAAAGAAUAAACUUAAGCGCCAGGGCGGCGCGUUGCAGCCUCGAGGCUGAAGACUUGAAGCCCCAGGCAAGGCGGCGAAAGACUUUGCGCGCAAUUUUUUUAGAGUCUUUCCUUCUUCGAUAAAGUCAAAAACUUCGCACUUUUCGUGCUCUCAAAUUUGAGACCUCAGCCCAAAACGCUCCAAAAUCUCAAAGCUUUUAACUUUAUCGCCAACAGAAUAAACGUAGGCGCCAGGCGGGUGCGGGUGGCGCUUUGUAGGCUGAAGGUUUGAAGCUUCAGGGCCAUCGGCUGUGUAGUUCAGAAGAUCGCGGGCUCUUCAGUUCAGGAGUUUGGAAGUGGAAGGGUGAGGGCCUGCGGCUCGGAAGUGGAAGCGUGAGGGGCUGAAGCUAGGAAGUGGAAGGGUGAGAUUUUGGGGCUCGGAAGUGGAAGAGUGAGAGUCUGCUGGGGUCGUUGUUGUUUUUUAAUUUAGCUCUUUAAUAUUAGGGAGGCUGUAGCCGUUGGCCAUCCUCUCGCUUACUAGCAGAGAGAAUGGCAAUCCUUCAGAGGACCCGUGAUGAGUCGGAGCGAUAUUAAUUGUAAAUAACUUUUUUUGCUCUUCUUUUUCUAAGCCAGACGAUGAAAAAGUCACUGGUUGGCACCGCGAUGGAUACUGCGGAUCGCAUGCAGAGGAUCGUGGUAAGAAAAUCUAUUUCCCUUGUUACUUUUCAUCAUCAUUCUGCUCCUGCUGCUGCUACUUUCCUGCUUAAUGAAUAUAAAGCUAAGGCAGAUAAGUCCUGUUCUUAUUCCUGCUGAUCAAAAAGAAACUAAGUACUAAAACGACAAAUUACUACUAUGUAUUAAUACAUUCAUAGAAGAAGAAGUGUAUUGCAUGCACAUGCUGUGCCAGUAAUAUUUGCAUUGUAGCCCGUUAUUCUAUGAAUUGCAAAAGUCCUUUCUCAUCGUCAUUUUCAGGUUUGCACAUAAUUUGCGCUAUCAUGACGAAAGAUUUUUUGGACUUCAGUGACUCAAGAGGAUACAACCUCCGCCAGCCACGGCCACCAUAUUUCUGGGGCUUGCGAGAAGGAGAUCACUGGUGCAUCUGCGCCACAAGAUGGUUAGAAGCCUACCAGAACGGCAAGGCCCCAAAAGUAUUUUUUCCCAAAACUCUUGGCAACAUUCUGACAUGAUCGUUAUUUCUUCUUCUCCUUCAAUUGUACUAAGCUCUCCGACUCUGUGUUCUUUUUUCAGUACGCCUCUAAUAUCUUUCGUACAAACUUCAACUCAUUUUUCAGGUGAAUCUGAAGUGCACAGCGGAAGGUGCCUUGAAUAUUGUUCCCCUUGAGUUUUUGAAGGAAUAUGCGGUUGACCUGGAAGCAGAGACCCCUGUUCCCCUCGACGGAGAGGGCUAUCCCUGUCCGGAGUCGCUCGAGAGGGAGCGCACGGGCGAAUCGGAACCAUUGGAGGGAAAUGUACUGCCUCCCAUGCCCGAACUGUAAAAGUUAAAGCUCUGAAUCGACUCGUUCUUCUUGAAGUUCCGCAAUAUCCAACUUGUAGUUGUACUUUCCCUCCUCUAAGAACAAGUAAGAAAAUCCAUCAGGUUGUACUUUUCAUUUCCACCUUACUCCUAAGUAAUAUGGUGUUUGAGUAGAUUCUCCAGCAGACGACGAGUCUUCGUGAAAACCUAGAGGGUCACGCGUCAUUAUAAUAUAAGCGAUCGUUGUAUCAGGAAAGAGGACAUAUUAUUCGCGACAUGAGGAUUAGAGGGAGCUACCGCUACCCUCUGCGUGUCUCCUGGUGUGCCAAUUUUUUCCAGCGUAACGCUGUUUUACGGUCACCAUGCUGCGCAAGCUCUGAGGAUGAAUAUGUGUCAAUGCCAUCGAUAUUGCUCAGCACGAAUACCUACAGCUAGGUAUCAAAACAAGUACGAUGAACUUGAUCUUGAACAUCACAGGCAGCAAUAAUAUACGGUGUCCUCCUCGUGGUCUGUUUCUGUAUAACAUCGAAAUACUAGAAAUUGAAAGCUAAGUCAUAUUCCUAUUCGUCUUUAUCAAAAUCAUGAUGUUAAAGUAGAUACCGUAGUCCCAGACGAAAGAAUGAGCAGCUACGAUGUGGCGAGGUGCGAUGCACUAUCAGCAUGUCGUGAAACGUCACCUCCGAUGUCUCGCAUUCAUAGCACCCAAUUGUGACUCUGUGUGUGAAAGAGUGGUGUCCGGCAGACAAAGGAAAGUAGAAGACAUGGGAUAUAUAAACGCCUUAUUAUUUCGACUCACUGAGUGUACGAGUGCAUCCUUUUUUUGAGGGCUAUUCUCGCUGGUUAUUUCCAUGCUGCCUGUCCACACAUCCUUUCGUAUCAGUCUUUCGUUUCUACGGUCCACUCGUCUUUUGUUUACCUCCUGAAUUCUUAGACGCACGCGCAAGUCCAGGUUGUGACGCAUAUACGAUUCAGGGCCGGACGGCCCCCCCUCUCACUCGGCGCGGGCGCGGGUCGUGACCCGCGAGCGAAGCGAGCCGCGAGCCCUUAACCGCGAGCCGCGAGCCGCGAGCACCCAAGCGAACCUGGGGAGAAGCUGCAGGCCUUUUGGUGUCCGUCUGGCGGUCUAUGUCUUUCCGCGAGCAGCCGCCAAUGGGCCUGUGUGUCGCCGUAGUGGGUGUUCUUCUCGUGGGAAGCCCUUCCCCGAGCUAGAGCCCCUGGCCGUUGUCGUUGCCACGGGCCAGCGCCUACCCGUGCAAGCGUCCUGCGGUACGCGAGCCGCCUUCCCUUUGUCGUGCGCCCGAACACGAGGGCCACGGGCCUCUGCUUGCCGCAGAGUGGGCACGGGGAUUUGUGGCGGACCCGUCGCCCGGGUUUUAGGAAGCUAAGCUCCGGGGGCGGGGCCAGGUUCGUCGGCUACAUAUCCACGCCGCGCACAUUGCAGCACCGAGCGACCCGGCAACCCGCCGCGGCCCUUUGUCGGGUCUCUGCUGUUUUUCUGGUUCUUCAGUCGUUUGGCCGUAUGUUCUUCGCCUCUCUCAAUCAAACAAAGCAGACAGGAUUUUUUUUUUGGCGGUGGCUAAAAACGUGAAAAAUUUGAAGAAGAGAGAAAGCCCCCCCCGGGUUCUGGUUCAUUUGUUGCGUAAUUUUUUUGCAGUUCAACCAGAAGAAAAAAAAAACUGAGCGCGAAAAAUGUCGAAACCCGGCCAACGAGAAGCCCACGAAGGGCCGACCCUUGGAGAGGUGGAGAGCCUACGGGCAAACCUGGCCCCCCGCGGCAGCUUCUCUUCAAUGGUCAGGCGGUAACUUGUCCCCUGUGUCUCAAAGCAACGAAGAGCAGGAAGAGCCACAAUGAGUGGCGCAAAAUGGGAAAAGUUUGCGCCGCGCCAAUCUCCGCCGAGGAGGUUCGCGCCGCUGUAGACCGAGCAGGUGACGCAGGUGCGAAGGCUUCAAUGCCCCAGGUGUUUGACAAGGGGAGCAAGGCGGGGGAAGUGGCGCAAGUUGAGUCGCUCCUGGGGCUUUCGUUGGCGAACCCUCGGGAGGUUGUUCCAGGCCACAGCAGCCUGAUCUGUGAGCGCGUCAACGCGCAGGCGGAUCAGCGUGAUCAGCGCCGCGGGCAUCGUCGGAAGAGUAAGCCAGGUAAGUUUGUCCGGCCUCAAACAAGAGCAAGAUCUUCAUCCUUGCCGCAGAGUGGGCGCGGGGAUUUGUGGCGGACCCGUCGCCCGGGUUUUAGGAAGCUAAGCUCCGGGGGCGGGGCCAGGUUCGUCGGCUACAUAUCCACGCCGCGCACAUUGCAGCACCGAGCGACCCGGCAACCCGCCGCGGCCCUUUGUCGGGUCUCUGCUGUUUUUCUGGUUCUUCAGUCGUUUGGCCGUAUGUUCUUCGCCUCUCUCAAUCAAACAAAGCAGACAGGAUUUUUUUUUUGGCGGUGGCUAAAAACGUGAAAAAUUUGAAGAAGAGAGAAAGCCCCCCCCGGGUUCUGGUUCAUUUGUUGCGUAAUUUUUUUGCAGUUCAACCAGAAGAAAAAAAAAACUGAGCGCGAAAAAUGUCGAAACCCGGCCAACGAGAAGCCCACGAAGGGCCGACCCUUGGAGAGGUGGAGAGCCUACGGGCAAACCUGGCCCCCCGCGGCAGCUUCUCUUCAAUGGUCAGGCGGUAACUUGUCCCCUGUGUCUCAAAGCAACGAAGAGCAGGAAGAGCCACAAUGAGUGGCGCAAAAUGGGAAAAGUUUGCGCCGCGCCAAUCUCCGCCGAGGAGGUUCGCGCCGCUGUAGACCGAGCAGGUGACGCAGGUGCGAAGGCUUCAAUGCCCCAGGUGUUUGACAAGGGGAGCAAGGCGGGGGAAGUGGCGCAAGUUGAGUCGCUCCUGGGGCUUUCGUUGGCGAACCCUCGGGAGGUUGUUCCAGGCCACAGCAGCCUGAUCUGUGAGCGCGUCAACGCGCAGGCGGAUCAGCGUGAUCAGCGCCGCGGGCAUCGUCGGAAGAGUAAGCCAGGUAAGUUUGUCUGGCCUCAAACAAGAGCAAGAUCUUCGUCUGUUUCUGUUGUCCGGCCUCAAACAAGAGCAAGAUCUUCAUCUGUUGUCUGGCCUCAAACAAGAGCAAGAUCUUCGUCUGUUGUCCGGCCUCAAACAAGAGCAAGAUCUUCACCUGUUGUCCGGCCUCAAACAAGAGCAGGGUCUUCAUCUGUUGCGAACAAGAGAUCCAGCGUGCGUCGCCUGUUGCCCGGCCUCAAACAAGGCACACAAGAUCCAUCCCGCGCCCCGUCCCCGAAUAAGAGUUGCCUGGCGUAGGUUCAUAGUAGUAACGGAAAGGAUCGGAGUAGAUAUAAGAAGAAGAAGAAUUAUAUAAGAAUUAUAGCAUAGACCUAGAGGGAGUUUCACUCUUUAGGCGCGUAGGUGGUUAGCCUGCCCCUUAGGGCACUCGCGGCUCAGUGAGCCGCGAUCGCGGGUCAUCAAGCCACCCCCCACGUCACUCUGUGGUCUGGUCUGUGGUGGCGCGCGCGCGCGCUUUUCCGCGCGGAUUUUUCGCGGGUUCUAGUGGUGGAAGGCGUCGAAACUUUGCGCGGGCCUCCCCUUGGGCCUCUCAGCGUGUUCCUAAGGGGCCUCCUGGCCUCUGCUGACCCUCGCAGGCGGGAGGCCUCCGGGGUAAAAGGCCGCCGAAGGCGGCCACGGUCGCAAAGGCAGGCAAUCCGAUGACCAAGGGCCCGGAGGGUACAGGCGGCACGGCUCAGGGGGUCCAGCCCCUCGCCUUUUGCCGCCUUCGGAGGCUUUCCGCAGCCGCCGCACUGCUGCGGCGGCGAAGCCGAACGGAUGCACUUAGGGCACAGGCAGGCACCUGGACGGGGGCGCCGGCGGUCCCUUGGGCCCCUUUUGAAGCCUCCCACCAUCAUCGGAGGCCCCUAGGGAACAGCCAGGCAGCUGGAAGGGAGCGGCCGGGGGGUCACUGGGCCCCCUUUUGAGGCCUUCCACCCCCGGCACACGCCUUAAAAAGGGGGCCAGGGCGCACGGCCCCCCCCCGCUAGGGGGGGAGGGGGCGUCGCCCCGCGCCUUGGAACAUAUUUAUAUAGUAUAUCCUUGUCGAGAGAUAGAUACCUAGAUUUUCUUAACAGUCUUUCUAGUAAAUCUCACAAGAGGAAGUAUUUCGUUCCUUCUUCUCAUUGAUAAAGAAGCUAGAGAAUUUCUCUUCAUCGAUCUUCUAUUUUGCGCCGCAUCUUCCAUUCUUAUUCACUAGUUGAUGAACAAGUAAAAGUAAUAGUCCAAGCACCUCUUCGACUAACGAUGCUGUCAAACCGGGUGCUUGCUAUCCACUUGUGUCCUAACUACACUCACAAAAAUCAAGACCAAAAAGAAUCAAGUCGACAAGCGCAAGAACAAGAUUCUUAUAACUCCACCCAGAAAGAGAAAUCUCGAUCCAUCUACUUCAUCCCAAGCAUGGCAUAUCUAAAAAAAGCAGCACACUAGAAAUCAGUGUGAUACUCAUAUAUAUCUAAGUUCUUCUUGUGAGAGUUCUUCUUUGUAUGAGAGUCUCGUCAUGAUUCUACGGGGGAGUUGUACUAUUUGAGAAGUGAAAAAGAUGUCUUUGACGCAACAACAGCAACAACAAUGAUUAGAUAGUAAUGUUUACACCAUAGCCUCUGUGUAAGUUUUGAUGCUUCAAAAAUCGCCAGUAAGGGUCGAACCUGAAGUACAUGACCAUGGCCCGAAAAUUCUGGGUAUAUCAUCUCCAUCGCCAUCAUCAUCAGCAUCAUCGUCAUAGAUGUGAUGAGAAUGGCCAGUCUUUUUGAUAAGUGUGCCUGUGCGACACUCCACUCACCCCUCGCCCUCACAGCCUGCGAGUUGUAUUUCAUCGUGGUUCAAUCUUUAACUUUUGAACCCAAUAAACAUUGCUCGUUGAUGACGACCACGAAUCGUCAAUAUUAUGCCUCCACCAGCUAAAUUUAUCGAACAUGAGUAAAACCAAAAGCUUGAAAUAGGAGUUUUUUGAUCUAGCAGACAUCGCAAUCGGCCGUUUCUUAACGUUGCGAACUGAGUAAGCACUUGACUAUCCGGAUAACCGCAGUGCUCUUCUUCUUCAUCUUCUUCUUUUCUCGGCACCUGCGUCUUGUACUUUCGUGGCGAUUUUUUAGGGAACGUCGACAUCUUAACUAAUUGGCUACAGGUUAGACCAAACCAUCUUAAGGCGUUUCAGUGGAGUGUCGCAAUUUUUCUCGUGCUGUUUUUGGCUGUUUGUGCACACACCAAACGCAUGUGUUGGCGGGUGGAUUUUGGGGCGGGUACUUGUACAAGCCAAACUAUGUCGUGGAGAAUUAAGUGACUUGCGGCCUUCAUGUGGUGGAUGCGUAGCCUCUUUCUUAAGCACUUUAGUUAUCUCGUUGUAUGAGCGUAUGGGUAUGGGCCCUUAGCUACUUUGCUGCUCCAAUACGUGCCGGUGUAAAAACAAACUGGAGAGCAAUGCAGACGUUUCCGGUUCGAGAUCAGUUAUUAGACUAGCCCGGUAGUUGUUUUACCUGUGUCAUCGGUUUCGAUGUUGUGACGCCGCAAAUUUUCAUCAUACUGCUUUUCAUGGUCGUAAAAGUUACUUUGAAUGUUUGACAGUGUGCAGCACGU